UCAACAAUAAAGUGCAAGGAUUAAUUUAUAAAUGCUCGUUUUAUAGUAUCUUCAAGUUGAACUGAAGAAGUUAUAGCGAAAUUUGAAAUUAUAUUUUCACCUGCUCUUACAAAUCUCGCAAGUUAAUUGGUCGAGGGAAUUUGUUGUUAUGACGACGAAAAACAUUGAGCAAUUUAUUGUUGUUAUGAUGAGUAACUAUGGUGAGGAAACGUCUAAGUCCGUACGUUCCCGAUUUCAUGCCGAAAAGUAGAAAAUAAACAAUGCAAGUUGCAAUUGCAACAUCCGUAGUAAAUAUGGCGACGAAACCAGAUGAUGUUCAACCGUUAAACGAAACACACUACAACAGUGCACCGGCUGACGACAGCCUCGCCCAAGACCUUUUAUGGAGAAAACUUUUUUUGCGAAAGGGUAAACUACGCGCUUCGAGCAGAACGUCUGCCCUUAUGUCUGGUUUUGCAAUGUUAUCACUCAAACAGACCCCAGCCUGUGAGGAUGGACCAAAACAACAAGUUAAUAUGUGUGAAAAAGUUGCGAUGGUUGAAAUACAGUUUAAAGAUAAUGUACCAUCUGGUUUGGUUAUAGCCUUCAGUGUAUUGACAACAUUGCUUAUAUCUAUUCAUGUAUUUGCCUUAAUGAUAUCUGUGUGUAUCUUGCCUAACCUGGACAGUUUUGCUAGCAGUUACAACGUCAACAAUAAGAAUGUUGACAACUCACUUCAUGAGGAGAUGCAUUAUUAUAUAGAGACGGCAUGGCUUUUCUCUACUGGCCUUGGCACACUCCUGUUUCUUGCAGAGGUUGCCAUAAUUGCUUGGGUUCAGUUCUAUAAUAAUAGCAAGGCAGCUGCAAUAGCUUCCACAGCUGUUCUUUUGCCAGUUAGCAUUGUAUUUGUUUGGUUUGCAUUUCAUUUCUAUAAAAUACUUGUUAAACAUAAAUAUAAACAGUCUUCACAAGGUCUCGAAGAACUUCAACUUUAUGUACAGAAAUUGCAACCAGCAGAUAUUCAUACAAUAUAGUAUUGAUAAAGA